AGAGAGAGAGAGAGAGAGACCAGUGUACGCUGCAUACGAUGUGACGGUGUAUGCGCAGUGAAACAACACACACCACCUGUGGCACAUCCGUCAUUCGCCGUCGUAUUUACGUCGGUGUAUCCGUCACACAUAUUAUCGUGUUAAUUGGAAAUUCAGCAAUGAUACCGUUUGUCACGGCGGCCGUUCCGAAUGCCGAUCGGAUGCUGGAAUUGAAACCGGUGUAACUUCACCUGAUUUGAUUUAUAUUUGUUCAUUGCAAUGUGUCUGUAACGACAAAAUCUGAAAGCAUCGAAAUUAUUGGAUUCAACCCCUGUUUCUGCCGUCGAUCAUUGACCAAUAUAUGCGCGGAUGACUCGAAAGCGCGAGGGGUCCAUCGCGACGAUCUUAUCAGGGAAUUAAUAUCAAGCCGGUGAUCACAGAGAGAAAAAGAGAAAGAGAGAGAAAAGAAGAGAGGAAGAGAUAAUUCGAUCUAAAAUUAUUGAAACUAGCGCACGGAAAUCGCUGUCGUCGAUGAUAUUAUGACGAAUCAGAUGUCCAUAUCAUAUCAUUCCACCAUCAACAUGGACGACCAUGAGAAGAACUUGAUGACAGGAACGUUAGAGCAGCGGAAGGAGGCUUUCAAGGAGGAUGAGGAACUUAUGAGAGAAACCACGAAAUUUAUCAGCGAAGUGAUAGAAACUGCCGCUACGGAAGCUUCGAAAAGAAAAAUUCAGUCGGAGGGAGCUGACACAGGCGAAGGCAGUAGAUUGAAGGGUGGCGAUACCAUCGCUGGCUGGAACAAUCGAGCCCGUGGAUUCUGCAAUCGUAUUCUGAAUGCGCUUUGCCCGUGCUUCACUAACCAUGAACUGUUCGCCUGGACUCCGUACCGGUAUCGCUUCACAAGACCUUAACCGUUCGAUGACACCCCGGAUUUUCCCCCGUUCCGUCGUGCGAGCUUGCCGCAAGCGAACAAACAGGCAAAAUAGGAUUAAGCUCGUUCCAUUGUCAAUUUGUAUCUUGUGUCGUCGCGUCUCUCGUGCGGGCCAACCGAAGACAUCGUGUAUAUCUCUGUCUGAAAAUCGUCACGGCUUUCUGACUCCGGUAGGACGUGUCGUUGGGUUAUUAAUCGUGCGUAAAACGACGAAGACUGUCUUACGAUGCAGAAGUCGUCGUUGUCGACAUACGCCCCGAUUAAUCUUUCUGAUGUCUCGUGAGGAAAGACAAGAGUUUAAUUUGCUGUGGCUGCUGUGCAGCCGAGCGUGAAGGAAGCUACAUUAGUGUUCAAUGGGAGAGGUAACUGGGUAGGUGUAAUUAAUCGGAAACGGCUCGUGACUUUGCUUUGAAGCGAACGUGCGCCGUCUCGUGGAGCAGUUUGUCAAGAAAAUACGGCAAUAGUUAGUUUUCCCAUUUUGUUCAAUUCUGAGACGUAUGUCAUUUUUACUGUUACGCCUUCCUAUAAGUUUCUCUAAAGGGAACACCUUGGCAAUAAUGCCGCGUGACAGAUAGUUCCUCUUGCAGUUUUCUUCGCAAUACCGGACUUGCUUUGAUCAAACAUGUAAAAGUGGAAUUUUUAUAUACAAAUUAUAAACAAGACAAGCGUAA